AUGCGUUUCCUUUUUAAGAGGAGGCUCAGGCUUGUUGGCGCAAUUGGCGCUGUUGUGCUUCUAAUAUCACUGACUGCCAAAUGUGUUGUUCAGUUUCAAUUGAAUAGGGAGAUAGAACACUACAGGACAUUUUUCCGGAAACAUAAAGAUAACAUACAUGACAUUUAUGAUCCCUUGAACAUAAAGCAGAUCCCGUAUGAGACCAUAGAGUCUCUCUACCAAUUGCGCAAAACCGGUGAUGUGCCAAAGAAAUCACCAAUUGACUGGGGAAAAUAUGCCUAUAUCAACUACGUCACUGAUGCGGAUUACUUAUGUACCUCACUCCUACAAUUCAAGAGACUCAAGGAGUUUGGUACAAAAGCCAAGCUAGUGCUCCUAAUCUCCAGCAACCUGCUCGAAGCAGAAAACCCAAAAAUCUCUGAGAACAAGCAACUGCUGGAAAAGUUUCAAGAAGUGGCUCCAACUCAGGUUCUGAUAAAGGAAGUUGAGAACAUUAUAAAACCGCACGAUUACUCUCCAUGGAAUAAAAGCUUUACAAAACUGCUAGUUUUCAAUCAGACGGAGUUCGACCGUAUUGUUUACCUUGAUAAUGACGCUGGUGUAUACAACCAUAUGGAUGAGUUAUUUUUUCUACCUGAUUAUGUGAAGUUCGCAGCACCUCUCACAUAUUGGUUUGUUUCAGAGCGAGAUCUAGAGAUUGCCAACAGCGAAGUCAGUUCGGAAGAGAAAAGCUCCAUAAAACUUAACCGCUAUAUUGAUACCCUUGCCACAAGAGUGAAAGAAAAAAGGCCAAUCUACAACCAUCUCCCAAGCCUGCCUUCAUCGUUGUUCAUGGGCACCAAGGAUGUUGCGAAAGAAAUUAUAGAGUCCACGUCCUCUGCCUCUCCGUUGUUCAAUUUGAGAAACAAAAAUAAGAAUGCCAAGGUCAAGUUUGCUUCGAACCUCAUGGUUAUUAAACCUAGUGCUGAGACAUUUAACGCGAUCGUGAAUACACUCUUACCUCGAAUUGCAAACAAAAAAGAGAAAUACGACAUGGAUCUGAUUAAUGAGGGACUUUAUGAUUUGAGAAAAAUUAUAUAUCACCAAUUCAAGCUGUUUCGUAAACUCAAAACGGAGUUCGUUCCAGAAGUUUUGAGUCUACCAUUUGGCAGCUAUGGUUUGCUUACGGGUUCUAUUCGCAAUGAGUUCCACCACACGCUUAUGGCAAAUGACAUUUUGGGUUAUGAGCGUACCAAGGAGAAGGACCAGGUUCCUCUUGAAUCGCUGAUUAAGAAAUCAAAAUACAUCCAUUAUUCAGAUUACCCAAUGAGUAAACCUUGGGCGUAUUCGUCCUUUGACCACUUAAAAUGCAAUCCGCAAGACGCCGACGCCGAAAGCGAGGAUGUCAAAGCCGAAAUGUGCAAGUGCUGGAACUCUGUUUAUCAAGACUAUUGGGACUCCAAGCAUUUUUGUACUUUAUGA